UAUCUGUUUAAUACUAGUUCGAUAUACGGGCUCGAAUCAAAAAAUAUUAAGAGAUCAAUCGUAAAUAAUAAUAUGAAUCACGAUACUUCAAAUUAAUUAAGUUAUAGCACAAAUUAGUUGUUAUAUAUAUAUAUAUUUCAUGAAAUUGAUUAUUACUACUAUGACGAAAAAUAAAAAAGAAGCUUCACAUAAUCAUCCCUUUCAAGCAAAUUUAUAAAUCCAAUCCGAGAAAUUAGGGUUGUUUUCCAUUCUGGGUUUGAUCAACUUUUACUCAAAUCUUCUUUAGGACAAUCCAAUUCAGCUCUUAUUUUUCAGUAUUGCAUAGAAGAUCUUAAAAUUGGCUCCUCAAAGGCGAUCGCAGCGCCACAUGGGUGGCCACACGCAGCAGAGCAAUCCGGCAGCUACUGCUGUGUAUGAUCACCCAGGCAAUGCUGGUCCUACUGGUGAUGGGGGUGAUGCUUUCAUGGCGCGAUGGCUUCAGUCUGCUGGGCUACAACAUCUGGCCUCUCCCCUGGCUUCUGCGGGUGUCGAUCAACGUCUCCUUCCUAACCUGCUUCUGCAGGGAUAUGGAGCACAAUCUAUGGAGGAGAAGCAGAGGCUUCUUAAAUUAAUGAGAAACCUCAACUUUAAUGGUGAAUCUGUUUCCGAGCCAUAUACUCCAACUACACAGAGUCCUGGAGGGGUCAGAGGAUCCGAAGGUUAUUAUUCUCCUGAGUUCAGAGGAGACUUUGGGGCUGGGCUUCUGGAUCUGCAUUCUAUGGAUGAUACAGAGCUCUUAUCUGAGCAUGUUAAUUCUGAACCAUUUGAGCCAUCACAUUUUAUGCCGGCAGUAAACUACUCCUUUGAUGGUGACUUUGAUGCUCCUACCAGUCAGCAGCAAAAGCCAUCUCCAGACACUGAUACUGCAGCUGAAUUUCCGCCAGUUGAUAAAGAAAACAAUGCAAGGGAAAACAACGUGGCAAAGAUUAAAGUAGUGGUGCGUAAAAGACCUGUAAAUAAGAAGGAGAUUGCUCGGAAAGAGGAUGACAUUGUAACUGUAUCCGACAACGCUUCUCUCAUUGUUCAUGAACCCAAGCUUAAGGUGGAUUUGACAGCUUAUGUGGAGAAGCACGAGUUCUGUUUUGAUGCUGUCCUAGAUGAACAUGUUACAAACGAUGAGGUUCCAGUUUCCUGUCAUGGUUGUGCCUCAUGCAAUGCUUUGCAGGUUUAUCGGGUUACUGUGCAACCAAUUAUUCCUAUUAUAUUUCAGCGCACAAAAGCAACAUGUUUCGCUUAUGGCCAGACAGGGAGUGGUAAGACGUACACAAUGCAACCUUUGCCUCUUAGAGCUGCGGAAGAUCUUAUGAGAUUAUUGCAUCAGCCAGUGUAUCGUAGCCAGAAAUUCAAGUUGUGGCUUAGUUUUUUUGAAAUAUAUGGUGGUAAACUGUUCGAUCUUCUCAGUGAUAGAAAGAAACUAUGUAUGAGGGAAGAUGGCCGACAACAGGUUUGCAUUGUUGGACUCCAAGAAUUUGAAGUUUCAGAUUUGCAGAUUGUGAAAGAAUAUAUUGUGAGGGGAAACGCUGCUAGGAGUACAGGUUCCACUGGUGCAAAUGAGGAAUCAUCAAGAUCACACGCAAUAUUGCAGCUGGUGGUCAAGAAGCACAAUGAGGUGAAGGACUACAGGCAAAAUAAUGAUGGAAAUGAUUAUAAGGGUGGCAAAGUGAUUGGGAAGAUUUCCUUUAUUGAUCUUGCUGGAAGUGAGAGAGGUGCAGACACGACUGAUAAUGACCGACAAACAAGGAUUGAGGGAGCAGAAAUUAACAAGAGCUUGUUAGCUCUUAAAGAGUGUAUUCGUGCUCUUGACAAUGACCAGAUCCAUAUUCCAUUCCGUGGGAGCAAACUUACUGAGGUUCUUCGUGACUCCUUUGUUGGAAACUCAAGAACUGUCAUGAUUUCUUGCAUUUCUCCUAAUGCUGGAUCAUGUGAACACACACUCAAUACAUUAAGAUAUGCAGACAGGGUUAAAAGUCUAUCUAAAAGUGGAAACACAAAAAAGGAUCAGAAUGCAGGCAUAAUACUCCCGAUGAUGAAGGAACUUUCUUCUGCACCAACUUUGGUUGCUUCCACUGAGGCAGAAGAUGAUAGUGAGCAACCUCAAGAGUCAAAAGUAUCAGAAGUAAGUAGAAGGAUGGGGAGAGAAAGUACAUCUUACAAUCCCUCUAGUGAGCGCAACCAAACCUCUAGUUUUGCUUCAACUCAUACCUUCACUGGGUGGGAAGAAAGUGGGACAAAUUCUGCUGGUCUGGAUAGGAACAAGUUUGAGGUGAAGAAUAGCUAUCGUGUUCCAUCUGGUCAGAAAAUGUACCCAACACCAAACAUGCAAAGUUCAGCUGAUACAGAAGACAAGGUGCAGAAAGAGUCUCCACCUCGGAGAAAAGUUUCUAGAGAUGAGAAACCCGAAAAGACAGAAAGGCCAGGAAGCGGGUCAAGAAUUGAUGUUUCAAGUACAGACUCAUUGUCUACAAGUUACAAACAACAAAGUACAAAUAGCUCCAACAUAAGAAGUAUUGGAACAAGACAAAAUGAACUUAAUUCACCCCCUCGUGAUGACAAUAUCAAUGAGAUACUGGAGGAAGAAGAGGCCCUGAUAGCUGCCCAUAGAAAAGAAAUUGAAGAUACAAUGGAUAUUGUUCGUGAAGAAAUGAAACUGUUGGCUGAAGUCGAUCAACCUGGUAGUCUCAUCGACAAUUAUGUCACACAGCUGAGCUUUGUGCUAUCACGUAAAGCAGCAACUCUGGUCAGCCUCCAGGCUCGCCUUGCCAGGUUCCAGCAGCGAUUGAAAGAGCAGGAAAUACUGUGUAGAAAGAGGGGAACAUGCUAGGCUACAAGUUACAUGGAUACAAUCAGAGGGGCGCCUAUUUCUAUUCUCUUUAUUUCUCUCUUUUGUAAUUAUUUCAAGAAAUAUCUUAUUCCUCUUGUGCCAAAUGUGUACAAAAACCAUCAAGAAGUUCCAUUGAGCAAGUUUACUUAAAGAGGAAAAAAUGCUGGCCUCUUCUGAGCUUUUGCAAAACGAAACAACAGGUGUUUUAACGGAGCUUUUGGACCAUGCUGCUCCAGUUAUAGUUUAAGAAGUCUCUUUGGAUUCUCUGGUGAAGGAGUGGCUCAGAGUUCUAAAUUGGCACCAUGGACAGUAGUCUGUAUAUGUUACUGCGUUAUCAGGAAUGCAUUAUUCCAGUUAAUACUGCAUUGCUCAACUGUUUUACUGGUUGCAGAUGAAAAGAAAAGCCUUAAAAUGGACAAUGGAAUUGAUAUAGUUUGUGUAUAGAACAGUUUUAAGUGCCUGUUCCAACUUUUGCAUUAACUGUUUGUUGUUCUUAUAUCCAAACCAUUUCAGCAA